AUGGUUUUUGAUGUUUAUGAAAAGUUAAAUCAGCCAAGGUGGCUCAAGGAACGCUUUAGAAAAGCAGAUAAAGAUAACAAUGGAAUCCUGAACUUCAAGGAAUGUCUUGAAUUUCUAUCUCAGAUUAAUGUUUCCAUAGAGGAAAUACAUGCCAAAAUUCUUUUUGAUGCUGCUAAUUUUGAAAAGAUUAAAGUUAAUGGUGAACCUGUCUUGAACCCUGAAGGAUUUGUGAGAUUCUAUAACAUUCUUAUGAAACGUCCAGAGUUGGAUAAACUGUUUAAAAAGUACUCUGUAAACAAGGCAUCUAUUAUGGGACCCGAAGAACUGUGCAACUUUUUAACAAAAGAACAAAAGGUAUGGCAUGCUUAA